CGAGAGAAAACGACGAAGUCGACGCUACGUCAUCGACAUCACACCACCGGUCGCCGAUCGUUCCGAUCGUCUGCAAAAAUGCGAGUCGGCCGUCGUUCGUUUCGCCAAUAAUUGCAUCACCUCGCACGCAAAUCAGAGUAAAGUCACUUAACUGUCCCUAAAAAUCGCUCAUUGGAAGUCCGCGAGUCGAAAUGGACUCGUGGUAUGUCGCAGGAGCGAAUCUCAUCAGACAUCUUCAAGACGUCUGCGAAGGCUACGACAAUUUUUUCGCACUGGUCUCCGUCGUCGCCGAUCCAGCCAAAUACUACGUGUGGGCAUUUCCCGUCGCCUUUGCAUUGGACACGAACUUGGGUCUUCGUGUCCUCCUCGCAACCGCGUGCUCCGAAUGUCUGAACACCAAUUUAAAAUGGAUUCUCCGCGAGCACCGGCCUUUCUGGUGGGUGAAACUCUUCUCCAAGGACGGCAUCGAACUCCGACAGACGCACCAGUCCUGCGAAACCGGACCGGGUUCACCCUCCGGACACGUCAUGGUAUCCAUCGCCGUGCUGUACAUCGUCAUAGUGUACGCGCUGCGUAAACUGAAGGACCGCAAAUCUAAAGGGCGAUUCUGCGCCGCCGUUUGGCCAACGUACUUCGCGUUUAUGAUGACCGUUUGCGCUUCUAGAGCCUUCAUCGCAGCUCACUUCCCGCACCAAUGCCUCUUGGGAGCGGUCUGCGGCGUUGCCAAUGGAUACAUCUUCUCCAGGAUCGAAGUAGAGACGUGGUCUCCCAGACACUACCUGGCUUGCAGUGCCGUGGUGACAGCGACUACCCUGACGGUGUUCACACUGAUGAGCGCCAUCGGCCCGGACCCCAACGAAACGGUGAACUACGCCCUGCAGGCCUGCAACGACCCGAAGUACGUGACGGUCACGACGAACGCGUUGUACGGCGUCAUGCGGCAGAUCGCUUCUCCGCUGGGGCUGUGGUUCGCGCUGCGAAUGCCGGACUGCAAGUCCGUCCUGGAAGGGGCGAGCAAGAUGCCCUGGACAGGAAAGCUCCUCGCCGGCGGAGCGGGUCUGGCGGCUGGAAAAAUCCUCCUGUCCGUGCCGAUGCCGUCGAAGACCGUCGUGGUGUACGCCGCGGCCGUGAUGCAGUAUUUCUUCUUCACGUUCACGGUGGCCUACGGAAUUCCGUACUUCAUGAGCAGGUGGAGGGCGCGCGUCGAGAAGGCAAAAAGUUCGUAAAUCCUGGAAGAUGGGUGGAGAACCUGCAAAAUUUACGCGGAAAGAAAUUCGAGGUGCGCUAAUAAAGAGGUGGCGAAUGACUGGAAAGGUCUUUCGGUAACCGUGA